AAAAAAGUCAGCAGCUGGUGCCUGAUGGUGACGAUGAUUCUUUAAAGGGCGGGAAACGUUCAGCGGCGUCAACAAACGUUUGGAAGAGGAAUAGUCGAGUAAGCAUCUGCCGCUGCCCUCAUGCCUGGAGUCUGUGAAGGGGAGAGUAACCUGUGAGAACCAUGGUGCAGGAGAGAGGAGAGAACCAACCCGCCGGCCCCACCGAGGGAGUCGAGGCGAUGGAGGCGACACAGCGGCAGCUCAGAAUAAACCUGCGGCUGUGGGGCGUUGCAGGAAACUCUGGUGAGGAGGUGCUACGCGUCCACAGCGGCGAGGCUCAGCACUUGGAGGACCUGUUGGGGCGUACCUUGACCCUGGGGGAGAGCAACUCGGCGCUCCUCUUGGCCCCCAGAGGCACCGGAAAGACUGCCCUGGUGGAGGGUGUGCUGGGGCGGCUGCAGGAACGUGGGGCGCUGCGUGAGGGGCUGGUGGUGCGUCUGUCGGGGCUGCUCCACACGGAUGACCUCCAGGCCCUGAGGGAGAUCACCCGCCAACUCAGACUGGAGGAAGCGGCUGCCAAGAAGGUGUUCAGGUCGUUCGCGGAGAAUCUUGCGUUCCUCUUGGAGUCGCUGCGAGGGGGUAGUAAGGAGACCGCCAAGCCAGCCAUCUUCCUGCUGGACGAGUUUGACCUCUUCUGCCACCACCGCAACCAGACGCUCCUCUACAACCUGUUUGACGCCGCACAGUCAGCUCAGGCCCCCAUCUGCGUGCUGGGCCUGACCUGUCGCCUCGAUGUGGUGGAGCUGCUGGAGAAGAGGGUCAAGUCGCGCUUCUCUCACCGCCAAAUACACCUGCAGAUGCCCCAUGCAUUCGACCCCCACUACCUCAACACCUUCAAGACGCUGCUGCUCCUGCCCGACUCUUUUCCCUUCAAGGACUUCGCCCGGACGUGGAACAAGACCGUCCAGAAGUUAGCCUCGGACCCUGCAGUGGUUCAGGUAUUGCGGCAGCUCCACGCAACCACCACGGACGCUCGGGCCUUGAAGUCUUUACUGCUGUUGUGUGUGGCGCAGCUUGGCGAAGACAGCACUUGCCUCACGCCCCAGAUGUUCACCAAGGCGGAGACGCUCUUCACCCAGGACGCCAAGACCAACAUGCUACGCGGCCUCUCUGCCCUACAGCUGUGUCUGGUUGUGGCCAUGAAGCGCCUGGCGGAGGUGUACGACGGCGAGCCUUACAACUUUGAGAUGGUCUACCGCGAGUACCUCAAGUUUAGCCUCAAGUCGUCCAUGCAGAGUUUCGACCGGCCAGUGGUGUUCAAGGCCUUCGAUCAGCUCAUGAGCCUGGAGUUGGUGCGGCCGGUGGACCAGUCGUGUCGGGUGCAGCGUGGGUACCAGUUAGUGCAGCUGAUGAUGACGCCGACCCAGGUGAAGGAGGUGCUGGCCCAGAUGCCCGGCCUACCCACGGACCUUCACCACUGGGCCAGCUCCUCCCUACCCUGAAGCCUCUGGUGGUGGGUUGAGAAACAGCUUGAAGUGGGUUAUUUUUUUACAUGAUGUCCAGCGUUCGUCUUUGUAUUGUCUGAUCUUUUCAAUAAAUAUGCCUUGUAG